AUGAAAACAUUAAGAGAAUUAAGAAAUAAAAUUUCAUUUGAUAAAAAUAUUGAUUCAGGUAGUUCCUCAUCAAAUAUUGGUGGUAGUAGUUCAAAUAGUAGUGGAACCACUAAUAAAAGAUCAAGUGGAAAUUUUAAUGGAAGUAGUGCAUCAUCAUCACCAUCAUCAUCGACAAAUAUAGAUUAUAAUAUUCCCACAUUUUCAAAUAUUCAAAAUAUUGAUUGGAAAUCAAUUUCUUCAGUUGAAAAAAUAGAUUUUGGAAAUUCAAAUAUAUUUUUAUUAAUAACAUUUAAUAAUAAUAAUAAUAUAAAUAAUAUAAAUAAUUUAAAUUGUAAUUGUGUAAAUAAUAAUAAUAAUAAUAUUUGUAAUAAUAAUUGUAUAAAUAAUAAUAACAAUACCAACGACGAGAAUCCAAGUAUUAUUAAUAAUUAUAAUGAAAGUCAAAUAUUAUUAAAAUCAUCAUCGACCAUUGCACAUGAUGUAUACGCAUAUGUUUUAGAAGGUAUUUUAAAGUAUCCAAUUCCAGAGAUGAGAUUAUUAGAUUUUUCAAAUUUAGAAUACACUGAAAUGUCCUAUAAUUUAUUAAUUCAUUCAAAAGAUGAUCAAUCAUUAAAUGAUUUUAUAAAAUCUGAAUUGGAAAAAUCUUUUUUUUUAAUUUUAGAAUAUAGAAAUAAUGGUAAAAGAUUUAAUGAAUUAAAUCAUAAAGAAUAUUUUUCAGGUAGUAAAGGUGGUAAAAAAUUUAAACAAUUAGGUAAAAUUAUAGCAUUCGAUAUAUUUUGUAAUAAUUUUUGUAAAUUACCAUCACCACCAUUGAAUUGGAAUAGUUCAACAUUCUUUUCAAAUAUUUUAUGUUAUGAUAGUCCAGAUAAGAAUGGAUGGUAUUUUUCAUUGAUAAAUUCAAAUAUUAGUUUUUUAAAUACUUCUCCAUUCACAAUUGGCUAUAGGGAUCAUUUGAAUCGUUUAAAGCUAUUAUUAUUUUCAAUUUUUCAAAAUCCAAGUACUGAAUCUGUUCAAAUUAAAUUAAUGAGAGAUCAUCUUUUAAAAUGUCAAGGUAUUAAAUUAUCAGGUUCUUCAGUAUCUUAUUUACAAAAGGGUAUUGCAAAAGGUAUAAAAUCAAUUGUCAAUUGCAUUAAUUUCACUGUAUUAGAAAAUACAAAAGAAAAAGUUAAAAAUAUAGUAAAAUUAGAUAAUAAUAAUAUUUGGAAAAAAAGUAUUGAUUCAAUUUAUUGUCCAUUUUUAUUAGAUGUUUUAAAUGAAAUUGUUAUUGAAUUUGCAAAUUAUAGAGAAAAAACUUAUUUUAUAAAAGCUUAA